CUAAAGCCACAAUGGGCGGCACUCUCUCCGUGUGCGGACUAGGCGACCGCGACGCGCAACUGCACUACCAGAGCAAGGACUUCGCGCGGGACCUGGAGCGGCCGGCGCAGGCGCGCGGGCGCUCGCUGUCCACGGCGACGGACUCGUCGGUGGCCUCCAUCCUGUCCAACUCGGAGCAGCUCAUCCCGGACGCCUUCCUGCCCAAAGACAUCCAGGUGCUGUCGCAGCGUCGACAACGACUGGGCCACCACCACUCGCGCUCGUCCUGGGGGUCGUCCAAGGUCGGCAGCGCCUCGUCCAGGGGCGCGGGCACCGUGCGCGUGGUGCGCAACAGCAGCAAGGCCGUGGACGUGGCCGACUGCUCGCCGGGCGUGAGCGCCAGCCUGCGCAAGAAGACGCUGUUCGGCAUCAAAACGGCGUCGUCCAGCUUCGGAUACAGCGACGACGAGGGGAACCCGGCGGCGGCCGGCAACAGCCGACUCCCGGCCCAAGAGCUGCGGGUCAAGUAGACAAGCGGAGACAAGGGGAGGCACUGUAGCAG